AUGAGCCUCCUCAUAUUAUGCGAAUGUUUGUUGCUGCUUGCUGUGUCCCGUGUGCAGACCACGGAGUUUGAGAAAGUGUUCGAAUGGAAGCAGAUCUCCUAUGCCGAUCUUCCGAACGAGAGAAAUGGGAAGGGCUCUGCGAUUCUUUUUCCACGGGUGCAGGGAGAUGCCGAGAACGAGUCGUUCCAACCGUACAACAACAUCCCGAUGGGAGCGACACACUACAAGGACCGACUUUUCAUUACCAUUCCUCGACGACGCCCGGGUGUGCCAGCUACGCUGAAUGUGAUCGACCUGCGCCAGGUGGUACCCGGUGACAGAAGUCCUCCCUUGACGGCCUACCCAACCUAUCCGAUCAACGAGCUAAGGCCUCAGUAUGAACCAGACCUGCGGCGGCUGGUUUCGGUGUAUCGCACGCAGGUGGACGCCUGUGGGCGCCUCUGGUUCGUAGACACCGGGAUGCUAGAGUAUCCGGACAACCGCCGGCAGGUGCAGCGUCCGCAGAUCUGGAUCGUGGACCUGGAACGGGACCAUCUCGUGCGUCGCUUCGCCAUCCCGGAGUCGAUCGUCGCGGAAGGGGUCGGCAUGGCUAGCAUCACGGUGGACGUUGAGCCGGAGAACUGUGACGGAGCGUUCGCGUACGUGCCGGAUCUGGUUGCGAACGCCAUCUACGUGUACAGUAUGCGGGCGGACGAAAUGUGGGCGUUUGGCAAUCACUCCUCGUUCCGGCACGAUCCAACCCGCGCUGAGUUCAACGUGGCCGGCUAG